CCGGAUGUGCUAGGCCAUGUGCAGUUCUGUCUCCGUUACUCCACACGACUGGUCUCUCCUCCAGUCGUUAUAUCAUUCCGUCUUGCAGACCGGCUAGCAGCAAGCCUUUACCUCAACUCACAGACAUGUUUCGUUUAGCCACAGUCAUGAGGCAGGUGAGGCCUGUGAGCCGUGCGCUGGCUCCCCACCUCACACGAGCCUACGCCAAGGAUGUGAAGUUUGGGGCUGACGCUCGUGCCCUCAUGCUGCAGGGAGUGGACCUGCUGGCUGAUGCCGUGGCUGUCACCAUGGGCCCAAAGGGUCGCACUGUCAUCAUCGAGCAGAGCUGGGGCAGUCCAAAGGUCACCAAGGAUGGCGUGACGGUGGCAAAGAGCAUUGAUCUGAAGGACAAGUACAAGAACAUUGGUGCCAAGCUGGUGCAGGAUGUGGCCAACAACACCAACGAGGAGGCCGGCGACGGCACGACCACCGCCACUGUACUGGCUCGCGCCAUCGCCAAGGAAGGUUUCGACAACAUCAGCAAAGGUGCGAACCCCGUGGAGAUUCGCCGAGGUGUCAUGAUGGCUGUAGAAACCAUCAUCAACGAGCUGAAGAACCUUUCAAAGCCCGUCACAACCCCCGAGGAGAUCGCACAGGUUGCUACAAUCUCAGCCAAUGGAGAUGUGGAGAUUGGCAACAUCAUUUCUAAUGCCAUGAAGAAAGUUGGCCGCAAGGGAGUCAUCACCGUGAAGGAUGGGAAGACUCUGCAUGAUGAGCUGGAGAUCAUUGAGGGUAUGAAGUUUGACCGUGGGUACAUCUCCCCUUACUUCAUCAACACUGCCAAAGGUAAGGCUGCUGAACAGGUUUCAGCUGUGCAUUACUACUCGCUCAAAGUUUUAACUGAUAAAUCGGUGCUGUGCACUCAUUAUAAAAUGACCAGUGGGGCAGUGAGCCCAGACAAGGCAUUUGUAUUCAGUGGUGACUUGGAAAAUAGGCAAAGUCCAUUGAGGCUGAAGGUUGGGCUUCAGGUGGUAGCAGUUAAAGCCCCAGGCUUUGGCGACAACAGGAAGAACCAGUUGAAGGAUAUGGCCAUCGCCACCGGGGGGACUGUGUUUGGGGAUGAGGCUCUGGGCCUGGCUCUUGAGGACAUCCAGGCUCAUGACUUCGGCAAGGUCGGCGAGGUGCAGAUCACUAAAGACGACACCCUGCUGCUGAGGGGAGGAGGCAGCUCGGCUGAGAUUGAGAAACGGGCGGCAGAGAUCGCCGAGCAGCUGGAAAGCACCACCAGUGACUACGAGAAGGAGAAGCUCAACGAGAGGCUGGCAAAGCUUUCGGAUGGAGUCGCCGUGCUCAAGGUGGGAGGAACAAGUGAUGUGGAGGUGAAUGAGAAGAAGGACCGCGUGACAGAUGCUCUGAAUGCCACCAGGGCAGCUGUUGAGGAGGGCAUUGUUCCUGGAGGAGGUUGUGCCCUGCUGCGCUGCAUCCCCGCCCUCGACGCCCUCAAAACUGCCAACUCUGACCAGAAGAUCGGUGUGGACAUCAUCAGACGGGCGCUUCGUAUUCCUGCCAUGACCAUUGCCAAAAACGCAGGCGUGGAGGGUUCACUCGUUGUGGAAAAGAUCCUGCUGGGAUCCCCUGGGACGGGCUACGAUGCCAUGCAGGGAGAGUACGUCAAUAUGGUGGAGAAGGGCAUCAUUGACCCCACAAAGGUGGUGAGGACAGCACUGAUGGAUGCUGCAGGAGUAGCAUCUCUGCUCUCCACUGCUGAGGCUGUCGUCACAGAGCUCCCCAAGGAGGAGAAGGAAAUGCCAGGGGGCAUGGGAGGCAUGGGAGGCAUGGGCGGUAUGGGGGGUGGAAUGGGUUUCUGAGCCACUCCUCCUGAUCUUUGUGUACAGACUCAAUCAGGAGCUUAGUGGAGCUGGAGAACUGCCCCCACCGAGCUCUGCCCACAGUGAUGGACGGACUGACGACGAAUAUGUCAGAGAUGCAAAUGUUUGAUAAAUGCUCAAAAGACUUGAGAGCCCACCGAGUCCACCUGCUACACUAGAGUCCUCCUCAAACCUUUUCCAUUAGCACUUAACUCCUCGUCAAAUGCUCAACAGACUUAAACUAAUACCAGUGAAGAAGGAAAUUCAGCAGUGUUCAUAUUUGAGGAUGGUUCCAGUUUAUUUCUACCUGAUGUAUUUCCCGUGUGGCUCUUUAGAUCAUAAACUUUGUACUCACUACAUCUGUUGUAGGGAAACAAGGAGUUAAACUUCUAAACUCCAGAACAUCUGGGUCUCCGUCCUCUUGUGUCUCUUCAUCGGCUGUCUCUGAGUGAGAGCGGCCUUCCUCACGCCUUUGCUUUCCAGUGACCCAGCUGUACUCAGGAGCACAGCUCUCAGCUGCUCAUCGGGAGGCUGUGUUUCAGGUUUCAUGUUGGGUUCACAUGGGAUUGCUUUCCAUAAAUGGAGGGUAUGGGUUUUGCACAAGUCCAAUGUUCUUUGAAAGGUAGACGGCCUGAAUUUCUGCCCAGAUUUAGUUUAGUGUGGCAACUCCUUGUUACCCUGAACCUCUACAACACAAUCCAAAAUGAGUUUGACAAUGAGCUACAAAAGGGAAAUAAGCAGGGUGGAAUAAACUGUAACUAUCCUUAAAUGGACCACAGAGCCUCAGCAUCUGUCCUUCACUCUUGUCUUUUUUUUUUUCUUUUUUUUUAGUUAUUUGUAUGUGUUGUCUGUGAUUGACUUGAAUUCAUCUGUGAUUGAAUUAAAGCAGUUUUCGUACAUA